AUGAAUAAUACAUUUUGUUGACACGCACAUUACUUUUGUUGUAGAGAUGUAGCAGCGAUUAAAAAAUGCAAUGGUUCAACAUUCAAAGAUCAGAUAAAAACAGUUCAGCACAAACACGAAACUUAUAUGGGAAAAUUGUCUUCAGGAAAACAUUGAAUAAACUUGAACAAAUUUAAUCAUUCUAAGUAAUAUUGUGAUGCAAUAUUAACAUUGUAAGUAUUUACUAGAAAAUAAUAUGAGCUUGAAUAUUAUGAAAUCUAAAGUUGUUGUUUUCCGUAAUGGUGGUAAACUUGCUAAAUUGGAUAAAUGGUGGUUUAGGAAUGAUGUAAUACAGAUAGUUUCUCAAUAUAAAUAUCUGGGUGUUGUAUUCAGAUUUAAUGGUAAAUUUAAAUAUCAUAUUCAGACUGUUAAAAAGAAUGCCUUUGUUAAAACUGAUAAAGUUAUUCAAAUGUGUAGAUCGGCGAAAUUGCGAAAUUUGAAAGAUUGUCUAAGGAUUUUCAAUUCAAUUGUUAAAUCAUCUAUGUUAUAUGCAUCUGAGGUUUGGGGAUACCAAUAUGACGAAUUGGAUCCGGUUCUGGUUAAUUUUAUAAAAAAGUUAUUUGGUUUGUCUCGUUGCACCCCAAAUUAUUUGAUUUUUAUGGAAUGUUCGUUAUUACCUUUGUCUUUUACAUUAUUGAAUAAAUGUUUGAACUGGACUUUUAGGACUAUUGCAUUGGAUGAAAAACGAUGGAGUAGAAUUUGUUUGUGUUAUGUGCUUAAUAAGAAGGACUUUCUGUGGUCUAAAAGUCUAAGGGAAAUUUGUGUUAAUAAUGGUAUUAAUUUUGAGGAAUUAUUAAAUAAGCAUGAUAGUUGUUCUAUUUUGAAAUUAAAUUAUUUUGAUAAUUUUAUUCUGGAUUUGAAUCAACGAGUUAAUGCAAGCUCUUAUAAUGAUUGGUAUAAGCACUUAAAUAAGUCUUUUUUUGACUGUCCGCUUUAUAAUAAUAAUUUUUCUUUUAAUAUUGGUGCCACAGUAAUGCAAAUCAGAUGUAAUUCCCUUAAUUUUUUACAGAAUUAUCGCAGAGAAAUUUGCAUGUAUUGUAAGGAUGAUCAGCUAUUGGAUGCUUUUCACGUGAUUGCUAAAUGCUCUAAGUUAGAAAAAAUUCGGGAAAGUGUGUUUGGAACUUCUAUUAUUCCGUUGGAGAAUUUUUUGGAACUUAUUACUAAUAUAAUGAUCCCUUGUACGGAGUGACGUACAUCGUUGUUUAUUUUGCAUAUUGGAGUAUUCGUUUUUGCCGAAAGGUGGCAUUUGUUUUUUCCUUAAAAGUGUGCUUGUGGCUAAGAAGUGUUGGGAGACUAUCCACAUUUUGGAUAAGAUAAUUGAAUCCUUUUUCUUUUAUAGGUGGGUGUAAUUAAUGUUUUUUUCUUUAUAUAAUGAUGUUUUUGGUUGGAUAGUUCUCCCCAUGAUGAAUUUUGUUAUUAUGUUAUAUGUUUAUAUUUGGAUAUUUGGCUUUCAGAUAUUUAUUUUUGAUGUUUUUUGAUGUUUAUAAUAAUACUUGUAUAAUUUUUGUUUUGAUUUAUGUAUAUGUUAAUUUUCUCUGUAAUAAUGGAUGGAUUAUGAUAUUUUUUUGUAAUGUACACGUAACGAAUUAUUGUAUACCCCGCAUCAUGGGCUCUGCCUAGUAUGUCUAAAUAAA